AUGUCCUGGCCUUUUCUUUGCUUGCUUUUGGAAGGAGGAGAAAAGGGAAUGGCAAGGCUGGUAAAUUUGGAAGAAAAAAGAAUAAAAGAAGCAAUCACUGUCACAGUGUCAAUAAAUAUUUGGGAGGAUCGUAAAUGUCCUGGCCUUUUCUUUGCUUGCUUUUGGAAGGAGGAGAAGGAGGAGAAAAGGGAAUGGCAAGGCUGUGGUGUAAAAAGCAUCCAACCUCUCUGUACGCUAUACCUCUUGGCACUUUUGGGGGACUAUAAAUUCACACCCCACUGCUCGCUUAUCUCUCAUGCUAAACGUCCUCUUCCCUCCUCUCUCCCUCCCCUUCUUUCAAAAACUUCCAACUCUGUUUUCCUCUGCCUCCUAACCCUUAUAGUUGCAUGCUUUUCUAAUCUUCUUCUUUUCAUUUCUGCAAACGGUUUACCAUUUUUGUAUCAUUCCUGUCGUGCGCUUUAUGAAGAAGUUAUGAAGCAAACCGAUUUUGUUCAUGAUAAGAUUAUUUCUUCAAAUCCUGACAUGGGUGGCUGGAGCUUCCUCCAAGCUCUCUCCAAUGGCCCCCAAUCCACGAAAAAGAUAGUGGAGAAAGAAAACACUUAUGUUCAUCCUCUACUCAAUCGUUCUUUGUCCACACUAAGUAAGAGGAGCUUGGAACUAUGCACCGAGAAUUUAGGUAAUGAGACAGGCAGUGACAUCCUCGAAGACAACAUUUUCUCAUUGUCUUCAUCAGAUUCUGAAGGUGGAAAUUCUCCAACAAGGAAGCAAAGCAAAUCACGUCAAUUAUUGGGAGCUGAGAAAGCAAUUUCUCGCAAUUUUCCACCUCCACUGACAACGAUAAGUGGAUCGGAAUCUCUUCAAAUUAGGCCCCACCGUGAAGACGGAAGGUUGGUAAUAAAAGCUGUCAAGACUCCGUCAACAAACACUCUCUUUCAAGCUGAACGAAGCAAUGGCCGCCUUCGACUGUGCCUGUUGAAAGAUUCUACUGAAAGUUUUGACUACGAAGAAGAAGCAGCCGACAAAGAAAGUGAAAGCAGCAGUGAAGACAAUAAAAAAGAGGAGUUUGAAAAUGAUAGCAACUAUGAAGCCGAAGAAAAAGAAGAGGAAGAACGGGGUACGUACUUGGAGGAGGAAAUAGAUGGAAAAAGGGCUGAUGUUGGAAUGAAAAAGUUCCAAAGGCAUGGCAGAGGGAGGUGCAUAGAAGGUGAACAUGAAAGCAAAGGAUUGUUAAAUUGGGAGCUUUUCUGGGUGGCUACACCCUAA